UAAAUAAUUACAUACAUAGUAUUUAUUAUUUAUAAAAAGUUACAAUUAAUAGUUUGUGGGUUUCUUUAUUGCUCAUUUCAAGCAAAACAAGCUUUGUGCGCUCGUUUGCCUUCUUUGGUCCUUCUAGGUCACCGUACACCAUGGUCAGCGUGACUGUCAAGGUGGGCGGCGCAACAGAAAGCUUUGGGCUGAUAGGCCGCUCCUGGGCUAUGCUGUUUGUCAGUGGAGGCUACAAUGUGAAGAUCUAUGACAACCAACCAGGACAGUCUACCAAGGCCAUCACAGAGAUCAAGAAACAGCUGGUGGAGCUGGAGGAAGCCCACAUGCUGCGAGGGGAGCUGUCUGCUGCGCAGCAACUUGCCCUUCUCAGCAGUUAUGAUGACCUGUCUCAGGCACUGGAUGGAGCCUUCUUUGUGCAGGAAUGUGUAUUUGAGCAGCUGGAGGUAAAGCAAAGCAUCUUCCAUGACAUGGAGCGUUUUGUGGGAAAAGACGUCAUCCUGAGCAGCUCCACGUCCUGCCUAGUGCCCAGCAAAGUCUUUUCUAAAGUCCAGAAUAGGAGUCGCUGCCUCGUCUCUCAUCCGGUAAACCCACCCUACUAUGUAAAACUGGUGGAGCUGGUACCUCACCCAGAGACAGCAGCAGCCGUUAUGGACACCACCCAUGCUCUGAUGACCAAGGUUGGCCAGGCACCUGUCCUUCUGAAAAAAGAGAUCGAUGGCUUUGCCCUAAACAGAGUUCAAGCCGCCAUUAUUGCAGAGUCAUGGAGACUAGUUCAGGAUGGUGUUAUCUCGGUAAAGGACAUCGACCUGGUGAUGUCAGAGGGACUAGGAAUGCGUUACGCCUUCAUAGGUCCCAUGGAAACAAUGCACCUCAAUGCACCUAAAGGUUUGGAAGACUACAUGAGCCGAUAUAGUGAAAAUAUAACAAGGAUUCUGUCUUCCUUUGGGCCUGUGCCGGACUUCUGUGGUGAAGCAGCCAAGAGCGUCAUUAAU